AUGUUCAUUUCAGAGACAGCACACAACACUGAUAACAUUCCAUUGAGCCAAUUUUCUGCGGACAUGCAACAACAGCAACAGAAGACUCAUCAUCCACCUUCAUUCAACAAUGCUUUGGGGUUCAAGUUGUUGAAUAGUGCUGGUUAUGCUUGGAAUUCUCAUGAAUAUAGCUCCUCGUCGGAGUUGUACAACAAGUGCCAAGUCAUUGAUCAUCAUAUACAAGUAGAUGCCCAGAAACGGAGGAUAUUGAAAGCACCCGUUGUUAGAGACAAGCGGUGUGUUUAUAAUUCCAUGAUGAAUAUUGAAAAAAUUGCAAAAGCCAACAAUUUCGAUACCGAGCAAGAAUUCAUUAAUGUAUAUAAAAACAAUGAGAAUGUUGUAGAUUAUAUGGAAGAUGAUUCUAAUGAAGUAAAUUCAUUAACAAAUAAUGCGAUGAUGGAUGAUGAUCGACAGAGUGAAACAUCUUUGUCACACAAUGGAGAUGAAUUACUUUCUCAAGCUAGAGGUUAUCAACGGGAAUUAGUAGAACAUUGCAAAAAAGAAAAUACAAUUAUUGUAGCUCCUACAGGGGCAGGCAAAACAUUCAUUGCUGCUCUUUUGAUAAGAGACACACUCGAUGAAAAUCCAGAAAAGAAGAUCCUUUUUCUUGUAAAUCAAAUUUCCCUCGUGGAUCAACAAGCUUCUGCAUUCAAAGAAUUUAAUAUUCCACGAGUGGGUGCCUUUCAUAGCGAUAAAAAAGGACUUAAAAAUUGGACAGAAGAUUCAGAAUAUCAUGAUGUCAUUGUUUGUACAGUUCAAAUACUUCUUAAUUCCAUGAAGAAAAACGCAGAAAAAAUAUUGGAUGAUGUUCAAUUAAUAAUAUUUGACGAAUGUCACCAUGCGCAUUCCAACCAUCCAUUUAAGGUACUAAUGAGAGAUUUUUAUAAACCUCGAAAGAUGUGUGGAUUACCAGCUCCAAGAAUUGUGGGACUAAGCGCUUCUCCUGCUGCAAAAAACACAGUGGGUGAAACAAUUUUAAAAAUUUUACAACUUUGUCAUGAUUUGGAUUGUACAGUGAGACGGGUAGAAAAAAACGAAGAAGAAUUGAACAAGUAUGUGUAUAUACCUCCCAUUCAAAUGAAGAGUGUCGAUAUGGAUCCUCAUUCAGAGAGACUUAAAUCGUAUAUUUAUAAUGCCAUUAGACGAGUGAAAAUGCUUCUUCUUGAAAAAUGUGGCAAGAAUUUACAUGGAGAUAUUGACAUCAACGAUGAAAAGUUUGGCACUGAUGAAGCCGAUGCUUGGAUUAACAAACGCUCACAUACACCAACUAACGAAUGGUUGAACGAUACUGAAUGUGAUAAUCGACAUUUAACAGACUUUUUACAAACCAGAGAUAGAACUAAGCCUCUGAUUGUUCUAUUAUGCCAAACUUUGUCUAUCCUUAAUGAAUGUCUGAUGAUUAAUGAUCAUCGAUCUCCAUAUGACGCGUGGGAACAAUUGAAAAAGUUCUUGAACUCUUUAGAAAAUAAGGAAAUUCUCUACUUAUUGUCUAAAAGUGGAGUAUCAUUCUCCAUGUAUGAGCAUGAGAAUUCAAUUGGGAAGAUUCCUAAAAACUGUAAUAAGAGAUUCGAACUGGCAAGAUUAUUAUCAGAAUACAAAUCCAAAGCACAAGAUAUGAGAGCAUUAAUUUUUGUAAAAACCAGAUUAAGUUGCAAAGAAACGAAAGAAUUUUUAGAGUCUCGUCCAGAACUUCGUGAUUUCCUGAAACUCGACAUUCUUCUGGGCCACGGCAAAGGCGCUUCUACAGGAGGAAUGACUUCAAGUCAGCAACAAACCGUAUUGACAAACUUUAGAAAUGGAGUUAUCAAUACUCUCAUUUCCACAAGUGUAGCUGAGGAAGGUAUUGAUAUUCCCGCAUGCAGUUUAGUUGUAAGAUUAGAUGGAGUUGACAGCGCCUUAAACCUCAUUCAGUCGAGAGGAAGAGCUAGAUCUCGAAACAGCGAGUUUUACUGUAUACUUCACACGAACUCUGGGCAGAAAUCAGUUGAGCGAUACCAAAUGCAAGAAAGAAAAAUGAUUGCUGCUGUUGAUUUAUUGAUGAAAGCAGAGAGCAUACAUCCUGAUAUUUAUAUGAGGAGUAUCAAUCUUAAGGAGUCGACUGGCUUAAGGCACAUGGUACUUGGUCAUAUUUUCGAGUAUUUGUGGUUUAAUUCUGAGAAAAUUGCCAAAGACGAAACUGUGCAAUGCCUCUAUCACUAUACGGAGAAAACUAUAACACAGUCGACAGUAGUAUCCACCACGUGUGAAAAAUUGUUUGGAGAAAAACCAAUCAUGCAGGUCAUAAAAACUGGUUCAAGUUUUAUUGCGAGAAUAAUUAUCAAAAUUAGUAAUAAUGACAGAUCAUGUUAUAGGAAUGGGUAUCAGGCUGCCAGGUAUUUUGUCCUUACUUGUUCUAAGGAUUUUAAAACCAAAAGGGAUGCAAAGAAUGCUGCUUCUCUUGAAGCACUGCAAAAGUUUAUGGACAAAGAUCUCGUUGUCUUUCCCCCUAGCACUUGGACAGAAAUUUACAAAGAGAAUACCAAAGACCCGAUCGAAAUCGAUCAUGGAGUGAAUUCUGAGCUGAAAGAAAUCAUCAUGCCAAUUCAAGAGAUUGAUCUCAAACGAAAGCAAACGACCACCAAAGUGACAGAUCCAAAAAUCUUCAAAGAAAAGAUUACACUCGAAACAGCCAUUACCUGUCUCUUUCAUCACUGCAAGAUUAAUUUUGGUCAAAAUCCAGAGUUUAAAGAUUUUAUUUUGUCGAAGAGAGUUAAUAAUUCAAACCAAUUCUAUUACACGUGCAGUGUAGUCAGUGACAAAGUAUCAGCAGUGAGAGGAGAUGCAUUUCCUAAAAAAAAGGAUGCCAAAAAGGAUGCUGCUUUUAAGAUGUGUCAUGCAAUUUUUAAUGCCUAUCAUUACUUUGACAUGGCCAAACACGCGUACACAAAAAAUUAUAGAAACCAAAAGUCCGAAUGA